UACAGUCUUUCUGUUGAAAUGCUUUGAUUACGCGCGAAACAACAAUAAGGAUAUCGCUUUCUUAAUAUAUUCGUACAUACGUUACAUACAAUUAAAAAUCAAAAUAAUUAAUUUAAUAAUUUGUAAUAAUAAAAAUAAUUAAACAUCAGGAGAAUUAGAAUGAUGAAAAUAAAAGCACUUGUUUAACUCCAAUUACUCAUGUAGCUCCAAUUAUUUGAUUUCAAUAUGGACAAAUUACGACAGAUUACUAUUUUUAAUCAUCUGUUGUAAGUAUAACAAGAGCCAAAAUUUAAGUAGAUAAAUUUAUUACACAUAAUGGGAGGUGAAGAAACUAUUGAUUUUACUGAUAAGAUGUCAAACUUGUUAAAACAGGAUUUGUUGCAACUAGAUUCCGACAGCAGAAAUAUGCCAUCCGAGAAAGUUUCUACACAUCGAAGUAGCAUUGAAGGAAAAGUUGGAGCUGAUUCAUACACUAUAGAAACAUUCAAAAAUCUAUCAGAAGUACGAACAGUAAGAUUAAAAAACGAGAGUCAAAGAGAUAUUACAGUAAAAUUAGAAGAAUGUGCAGCAGAAUGUAGUCGUGGAGAAGAAGCAGACCUACCUGGAAAUCCAACGAUAUUAUCUUUUAUUUCUGAUAAACGACCCAUCUCUCCUGGGAGCUGUCAUCCUUCAGCUAAGCAACCAAAAAUUGAGGAAGUAGAACAUCUAGUAAGCACGAAAAACAUUCAUGCUAAUAUGAUUUUAUCAGAUGAUUUAUUUGAUGACGAUAACAUAAAGGAUUCAAAAAGGUCAGCUAAUACUUUAGCAGAAAAUGAUAUUUUUUUAUCACAUACAAUUUUCAAAAGACCUCAAAAAGAAAAUACCUAUGCGAACAGUAUAAAUAUAUUUAAAAAAGUAGAAUUAAAAGAGUUACGUGUGCAACUUGAAGAUAUUAGACAUGCAAAAAUUAUGACAAAAUCUGAUGGACAUCCUAAUUUAUAUGAAGUUGAAGAAAUUGUCGGGAAGAAAAUAGAGAAUUAUAUCAUUUAUUAUUUAAUUAAAUGGAAAAAUUGGAGUGCAGACUAUAAUACUUGGGAACCCGUUAAAAAUUUAACAAAUUGUGCAGAAUUAUUAAAGGAAUUUGAAGAUGGAAGAUUAAAAUUAUUAGAACGAUUUCAAAAAUAUUCAAACUUUUAUCCUGAUACAAGUGUUAUAGAACGACAUAUGUUAGAUUUAUUCCGUCAAGGUAAAAAAAUCGAUUCAUCCUUGAUAAAUACAGAUCAUUUGUAUGAAAAAAUCAAAAUGUUUUUCAGUAUUAAUAACAAAAAAACUAAAACCUUAGCAGAGAAUAUAAAAGAAAAUAUUUUACAUAUGUUAGUAUACAAUUCGAGAACCGAACAGUUAGCUUCAUUAAAAGAUUGGGAAAACGAAAUGAAUAGCAUAACAAAAGGUAACCCAUCAAUCAAAGUUGAAAAUUUGGUAGAUCUAGAACGAGCGCCACAAGAAUUUCUUUAUAUUGAUGAUUAUUUACCUGGUUCUGGUGUCAUUAUACCUGAAGAACCUCCGAUUGGUUGCGAAUGUUCUAUAUGUGAUUCAAAAACUAAAUGUUGUUAUGCUAUGUGUGAUGGAAGUUUGCCAUAUACAUCUGCUCGUAGAAUUCGCGUUCCUCCUGGUACUCCAAUAUAUGAAUGUAAUAAGCGCUGUAUUUGUCCAGAUAACUGCCAAAAUCGUGUUGUUCAGCGUGGCUCACAAAUGAAACUUUGUGUAUUUAGGACUUCAAAUGGUCGGGGUUGGGGAGUAAAAACUUUACGUGUAAUCAAAAAAGGAACAUUUGUUAUUCAAUAUGUCGGGGAAGUUAUCACAAAUGAAGAAGCAGAAAAGCGUGGUAAGGAAUAUGAUGCCGCAGGAAGAACCUAUCUUUUUGAUCUUGAUUAUAAUGAAACAGAAGGACAAUGUCCAUAUACUGUAGACGCAGCUAUUUACGGGAAUAUAUCUCAUUUUAUUAACCAUUCAUGCGAUCCAAAUUUAGCUGUUUAUGCUGUUUGGAUUGAUUGUCUCGAUCCAAAUUUACCUAAACUUGCUCUUUUUGCAACAAAAGAUAUAAAGCAAAAUGAAGAAAUAACAUUUGACUAUAUGCGCCAAACAGUUAAAGAUGAUUUAUUACGACAAAGACUUGAAUUGCCAGAAGAAAUGUGCAACAAUAAAUCUUUGGAACAUCGAACUCGAUGUAAAUGUGGAGCUAGUAUUUGUCGACAAUAUCUUUUUUAAUGUAAAAUAAAUUAUAGGCUAAGAAAAUUUUUAUGUGUAUUAUUAUUGACAUUAAUUCAUUAUGUGCAUAAAAAAGAAAUUUAAUCGUUUAAUGCUAAGUAAAAUCAUUUGUAAAGUUUUAGCUUUAAAUCAUAUAAACAUUAUAGUAUUUAUUAAAAAAAUUAGAUCUAGAUUUGUUAUUGACUAAAUAGAAUCGUAGUUUCUUGUUGACGUGCAUUGUGAAAUAAAUUGUUAUUAAUUUCAUAUAA